CUGUGCCAUAGAGUAGAUUCUCAUUAGUUAUCUAUUUUAUACAUAGUAGUAUAUAUAUCAGACUUUCUCUUUUCUAAUCCAUCCCUGGAAUGAUCUUUCUAAAGAUACAAAUUUAAUGGAGCUCUUAUGCUUAAAAAUUUUGGCUGUUUGUCUUCUGUAGGAUGACAUCCAAUUCCUUAAUAUGGCAUCAUUUGGCCUCGACUCAUGACUAGCCUCAUCUUCUGCCACUCUCCACUCUGUGUUCUAGCUUGAAUAAAUUGUUCACAGCUCCCUAGCAAACAUGUUACUUUUUUAAGCCUUGAAAUCUUUGUAAUUUCUCCUUUCUCUUCUAGGAAUGCCUUUUCUUCUCUGCCCAGUGAACUUUCCUCAUCCAUUAGGAUCUGGUUCAGUUGUACCUCCUCUUUGACUUCUUUGUCACCCUCUCCCACAAAGAGGUUGGAGAAAGCCAUGUGCAACAUGGGAUUUACUUUGGUAAGGGGAGUCAACAUGUGAUAGAGUUCAUGUUGUGAGUUAUGAGGGCUCUGCUGGAGUCAGGUGGGGAGAUGCCUGCAAGAAGCAGAGGUGGUACUGGGGAGAGGAGGAGUGAGUUGGGACCAUACACUGAUAUCCCAUUUGUUUUAUAGGUAUAGACUGAGUGAUAGACAAGCAGAGAGGAUAUGUGUAAUCUCAGCUCUAGAUUGCAGGCUCUUAUGAGGUGGGGUUUGUUUGUUUUUUCCUUUUGUAUUCCUAUGAGGUUUUAAUCAGAUCUUCCCACUUUAAGCAUCUAGGGUAACAGCACAUUGCUGCCUCUUAGGUCAGUAAGAGGCAGAGCCUAGGAAGAACAUUUGUAAGGGGAUGAGAAGCCUUAACUUCACUGACCUGUUCUUAGAAGGUUGUUUGGUCUCUCUCUGUCAGCUGUAGGUGUUAGAGGUGUAUCCCUGCCCCCAGCUCUCUCCCUCUCUUUGCCUCACCCAGGGCAAAGGUUCAUAAGUGGGGCUGAGCCACUUCCUGCCUUGUUCCUGCUGUUGGUGGACACUCUUGCUGAGUGUGCCUGUAUGUCUGAAUCGGGGGCCCUAUGAUUUGUAGGUCUGGAUUGGGCAGUGACCUCUGGGCUCACUGUUCCAGCCUGGUGUAUCUUCUGGCUCCAUGGACAGUUGUUGGCUCCUACAGACCGGAUGAAGCAGACUAGAGACACAGGUGGAGAAAACCUCCAGCUGGCAAGUUCUCAGAGUGUGACUCUCUGGCCGCUGGCCGUGCCCAGCCUGCCUUAUGGAGAGGAUGAACUGGCUGAGCAGACUGGCCUCCCGGGGCCCUGGGCACCGUGUACCACAAGGGGCCAGUCUGCAGACCCCUGUCAUGGCUGACCCUGAGACUUGCCUCAUGGUUUUCAAGAAUCACUGGUCCCAGGUGGUGCGAAUCCUGGAACGGCAAGGGCCUCGGGCAGCUCCUGGGGGUGCUGAUGAUCUCAGUGCCGUGCGCAACCACACUUACCAGAUGCUGACACUCCUGGCAGAGGAUCGCGCAGUGCCCUUGGUCCCCACAGCUCCUGGGCCCCUGCUUGAGUUUGCUCUGCGUGAGGAUCUGCUAACCCGUGUGUUGACAUGGCAGCUUCAAUGGGAUGAGCUUGGGGAUGGGGUUGAGGAACGGCGGGCUGAGCAACUGAAACUCUUUGAGAUGCUAGUGAGCGAAGCUCGCCAGCCCCUGUUGCGGCAUGGUCCAGUUCGUGAGGCUCUACUGAUCUUGCUGGAUGCCUGUGGCCGCCCUGUGCCCAGUAGCCCAGCACUGGAUGAAGGCCUGGUGCUACUUCUCAGCCAGCUGUGCGUGUGUCUGGCCCGGGAGCCUUCAUUGCUCGAGUUCUUCCUGCAGCCACCUCCUGAACCUGGAGCUGCUCCCCGUCUUCUCCUCUUUUCUCGCCUUGUCCCUUUUGUCCAUCGAGAGGGCACCCUGGGCCAGCAGGCCCGCGACGCCCUACUCCUGCUCAUGGCUCUAUCAGCUGGAAGUCCCACUGUGGGCCGCUACAUCGCAGAUCACUCUUACUUCUGCCCGGUGCUGGCCACAGGGCUAAGUGCCCUGUACUCGUCACUGCCCCGAAAGAUUGAAGUUCCAGGGGAUGAUUGGCACUGCCUGCGACGGGAAGACUGGCUUGGAGUGCCAGCCCUUGCGCUUUUCAUGAGUUCUCUAGAGUUCUGCAAUGCAGUCAUUCAGGUGGCUCAUCCUCUGGUGCAAAAGCAGCUGGUUGAUUAUAUCCAUAAUGGGUUCCUGGUGCCAGUCAUGGGCCCUGCCCUGCACAAGACCUCUGUGGAGGAGAUGAUCGCCAGUACCGCCUAUCUGGAACUUUUCCUACGGAGUAUUUCAGAGCCCGCCUUGCUCCGUACCUUCCUGCGAUUCCUGCUGUUACACCGGCAUGACACCCACACCAUCCUUGACACCCUUGUUGCCCGUAUUGGCAGCAACUCCCGGGUAUGGCCCCUACCUCUGUCCUGGCUUACCUGGCUCUGCAUGGUGUCUUUGAGUCUCUUCAGGACCCUUCUGAACCUCAGCUGUGAGGAUGUCCUGCUGCAGCUGGUUCUCAGGUAUCUUGUCCCGUGUAACCAUGUGAUGCUGAGCCAGAAGCCGGCUGUGCGUGACGUGGACCUAUAUGGACGAGCCGCAGACAAGUUUCUCUCCCUAAUCCCACGCUGUUGUCGGCACCAUGCCUCCAGCCCACCUCGUGCAGAGCAUGCCUCGUGGGCACGAGGUGGGCCUAGCAGAGAGGCAGGGAGAAGGGAGGACACAACGGGCCCUGGAAGCCCAAGUGUUGACUCUUCUUCUGUGGUGACUGUACCCCGGCCCUCCACACCAUCUCGUCUAGCCCUCUUCCUGCGACAGCAGAGCCUGGGUGGCUCUGAGUCCCCAGCCCCAGCCCCUCGCUCACCAGGGCUUGCUACGUCCCCAGCCUCCAGCCCUGGCCGCCGGCCCAGCCCUGUGGAGGAGCCUGGUGAGCUGGAAGACAAUUACCUGGAGUAUCUGCGUGAGGCGCGCCGUGGUGUGGACCGCUGUGUCCAAGCCUGCCGUACCUGGUCUGCCCCCUAUGAUGGCGAGCGGCCCCCUCCUGAGCCUAGUCCAGUUGGCUCCCGGACUAAGAAACGCAGCCUACUGCCUGAGGAGGGCAGGGACAAUGCGGGGGAAGGGGAGGAGGAAGAGCUGGGGAGUGGGGGGCUGGCUGGGGGUGCACGGGAAAGCCUUGGCCACCUGCCCCCUCCCCAGCUCAAUGGGCUGCCAGGACCAUGGCCUGAGGGGGCCAAGAAGGUUCGUCGGGUGCCAAAGGAGGGAGCUGGGGAACCACUAGAGGACACUUCUGAGGGCAUGGCAGGACUAGAGGGCUUUGGGCAAGAGCUUCGGGAGCUGGAGGUGGCAUUGAGCAAUGGGGGUGCUGGCUCUGAGCCUCCUCUAGAGCCUUCACUACCUCUUGAGGAGGAGGAGGCCUACGAGAGCUUCACCUGUUCCCCUGAGCCCCCUGGCCCCUUCCUCAGCAGCCCUUUGCGGACUCUCAACCAGCUGCCAAGCCAGCCCUUCACUGGCCCCUUCAUGGCUGUGCUCUUUGCCAAACUCGAGAAUAUGCUGCAGAACUCCGUCUAUGUCAACUUCCUGCUGACGGGGCUGGUGGCCCAGCUGGCCUGUCACCCCCAGCCCCUGCUCCGCUCUUUCCUGCUCAACACCAACAUGGUCUUCCAGCCCAGUGUCAAGUCCCUGCUGCAGGUGCUGGGCUCUGUGAAGAAUAAGAUUGAGAGCUUUGCAGCCUCCCAGGAGGACUUCCCAGCACUGCUAUCCAAAGCCAAGAAGUACCUCAUUGCCCGUGGCAAGUUGGACUGGACCGAGGGCCCUGCAGCAGGACCUGCCCCCCGCCGAUCUGAUUCCCUAGUGAAGAGCCGGAGGCCGUCCUUGGGGGAGCUACUCCUGCGGCAUGCACACAGUCCAACCAGGGCUCGGCAGGCGGCACAGAUGGUUCUCCAGCCUGGGAGAGAUGGUGGCGCAGGACUUGGUCUAGGUGGGGGCUCCCCUGGGGCUUCGACGCCGGUCCUACCCGCCCGGGGUGGGGCCCCUGAGCGCCAAGGUGAGGCUCUGCGAGUCAAGAAUGCUGUCUACUGUGCAGUCAUUUUCCCUGAGUUUCUCAAGGAGUUGGCUGCCAUCUCCCAGGCACAUGCUGUCACCUCGCCUUUCUUGUUGGAUACUUCCGAGGAGGGGUCUGGCCCUCCUGUCUCAGGCUUUGGGCCCCUCAAUCCUUAACUUUCUUCCAUGGACAAUCAGGGCCUUGAGUGGCCUGGGCUGGGGCCAGGGUGUAGGCUCCUUUUUAUGUUUGGAGGCAGUGGCAAGAGGACUUUUUAAUUUAUUUCUGAUGAAUGUUUUCUGGAGAACUUGUUGCAAUAUGUAUAAAAGGGAAAUCUCUA